CUGGUGAUCAGACAUGCUAAGACGUGGAAAUUCAUUUUAUUUUGGAACCAGCCGUCUGCGUUAAUCCACAACCAUAUGCAGUCGAUCCGUUGGGGACCUGGUGAUUGAUCUUCUACAACAACACAGAACACAGCCAUAAUCGAGGAAGGUUGUUUUCUCCUAUAUAUAAGAUCAGUUUCUGCAAACACCUCAAGCAUCAAAGAAAAAGUUAUCAUUCUUAGAAACUAGUGUAGGAUCACCAGAUCAAGAUGGCAUCAAAGCCAGCAAGACCUCUAGCUUUUUUCUGCUCAAUGGUUCUUCUCCUCAUUGUUAGUGUUGAUGCUGGUGGAAUUGCUAUUUACUGGGGUCAGAACGGAAAUGAGGGUACCUUGGCGGAGACUUGUGCCACUGGUAACUAUGACUUUGUGAACAUAGCUUUUCUUGCAACAUUUGGCAAUGGUCAGACUCCCAUGAUCAACCUUGCCGGUCAUUGCGAUCCCUACAGCAAUGGGUGCACUGGUUUGAGUUCUGACAUCAAAUCUUGCCAAGAAAAAGGAAUUAAGGUAAUCCUUUCAAUUGGAGGAGGAGCAGGAAGCUACUACCUUUCCUCAGACGAAGAUGCUAGGCAGGUCGCUACUUAUCUUUGGAACAACUUCUUAGGGGGAAAAUCCACUUCUCGUCCACUAGGUGAUGCCAUUCUGGAUGGAAUUGACUUUGAUAUUGAAGGAGGAACAAACCAACACUGGGAUGACCUUGCAAGGUACCUUUCAGGUUACAGCAAACUUGGUAAGAAAGUGUACUUAACUGCAGCUCCUCAAUGCCCUUUCCCUGAUGCUUGGGUCGGGGGUGCCCUGAAAACGGGUCUAUUUGACUAUGUUUGGGUUCAAUUCUACAACAACCCACCAUGCCAAUAUUCAUCUGGAAAUAUUGGAAAUCUACAAGAUGCAUGGAAACAAUGGAGUACAGACAUUCCUGCAACCAAAAUUUUGUUAGGACUUCCUGCAGCCCCUGCUGCAGCUGGAAGCGGCUUCAUUCCUGUCGCUGAUCUCACCUCCAAAGUGCUGCCUGCAAUCAAAGGUUCUGCCAAGUAUGGAGGUGUGAUGCUGUGGUCAAAGUACUAUGAUGACCAAACCGGAUACAGUUCUUCGAUCAAAAACGAUGUUUAAUUUCUAUAAUUACUAUAUUGUAUAUGAAAUCCUGUAACAGUGCCAUGAACUUCAUGCUAUAAUUACUAUAUUUCAUUAUGAAGUGAUUGUUUGACAAAUCUGGCGCAGAAUUAAAAUUGUAACUUAUCAAGUACCAAUCAUGUCCAGAAUAAAAAGAGUUUUAGAAUUA